AUGGGAGGGGGCGGGACGGGACGAGGCCGGGACGGGGAAUGGUCCCGCGGGGGUCCCGUGUCCCACUCGUCCCUUUCCUGCCGUCCCCCUGCACUGAGAGGGAGGAUCUCGCUUGGGGGAUGCUACUAAGGGGGGCUGCAGACACCCAUAGGGUGAUGCUACGGGGGCAAUGCCGGUACCCACAGCGUGAUGCUAUGGGGUGGAUGUAGGCACCCACAGGGUACCAUCCCCUUUUGUCGAGAUGGAGGAGCGGUUGUUUUGUCGGCACGAGAAGGCCGCGUGGAGAGGGAUCUGCAGGAAGAAAUCUCUAUUUCCCUAUUUCCUAUGGGGCAGAGGGGACCCCGCAAGGCUGUGGGACCCUCCGGACCCCCCCACCCCGAGAUACAGAUGAGGCAGAGGACGCGAUGCUCCCCGAGGCCUCCGGAGCGCAUCCCGAGCAUUGCAACCGCCGGAAAAACUCACCCCGCCGUGAGCCCUGCGUCCCUCUGCCGUCACAGCCACAUGAGGGGCGGACCAGGAAGAUCCGGCAGCUCCCUCCUUCCCCUCCGCAGCAUCCUCAUCCUGAUCCUCAUCCUCAUCCUCAUCCUCAUCGAGGAACCGCCGGGAGGAUGGAACCCGCCGGCUGAGGCUCCAGCAGCAUCGCUUUAUUGCAGCACGGGCGGCAGGACCGUUGUCUUUUAUUCUCUCGGCUUUGCACAUCGCAGCGGGGGGAUGUUCAGCAGGUCGGGAUACCAGGCACUUCCCUUGGGGGAUUUUGACCGCUUCCAGCAGUCCAGCAUCGGGCUGUACGGUGCACAGAAGGGCUUCUUCUCCUUCGGAGCCAAGGCAGAACCACUGGGACCGGCCAGGAAUGCUGCAGACUCCUCCCAGGGCUGGCUAUCCUGGAUCUGCCAUGGGAUCAUCACCUCCUUGGUCUUCUUACUGAUGCUCCUCACCUUCCCCAUCUCGGGCUGGUUUGCCUUGAAGAUAGUUCCUACCUAUGAGCGAAUGAUCAUCUUUCGCCUGGGCCGCCUCCGUGAACCACAGGGCCCCGGUGUGGUGCUGCUGCUGCCCUUCAUUGACCACUGGCAGCGUGUGGAUAUGAGAACACGGGCCUUCAAUGUGCCCCCCUGCAAGCUGGUCUCCAGGGAUGGUGCAGUGCUUUCCAUGGGUGCCGACGUGCAGUUCCGUGUGUGGGACCCCGCUCUGUCCGUGCUGGUGGUGAAGGACCUCGUGGCAGCCACUCGCAUGACAGCACAGAGCGCCAUGGCCAAGGCCCUGGGUAAGAAGAGCCUGAGGGAGAUCCAGGGGGAGAAGCUACGCAUCGGGGAGCAGCUGCUGCUGGACAUCAACGACAUGACCAAGUCCUGGGGACUGGAGGUGGACCGUGUGGAGCUGACGAUGGAGGCGGUGCUGCAGCCCCCCCGGGAUGCCCUAUUGGGACCUAUGGGUGCCAUAGCCCCACUGCUGGAAGGCUCUACCCCACAGCUGGCUCCCCACCUCCUCGGCAGCACACCCAGCACACCAGAGGCAGCAGACAGCGUGGGGACAGUGAGCGAGGUGGACCCCCCCAGGAGGAGGCCCAGUGUGGCCGAGCUGCUCUCAACUGUGGAGCCCAUCCUCUCAGAGGCUCUGGUGAACCAGGUGGGAGCAUCCUACCAGGUGGACAUCAUCCAGCCCGGUGGCACCCGCAGCACCUUCUUCAUAGACCUCUCUUCAGGUAGCGGGAGGGCUGGCUGUGGUGUGCCCCAGGGCAGCCCUGAUGUGGUGCUGGAGGUGGCAGAGGAGGACCUGCAGGAGCUGAUGCUGGGCCAGCUGCGGCCCCUGGCUGCCUACAUGAGCGGGCGGCUGCGGGUGCAGGGUGACUUGCAGCUGGCUCUCCGCCUGGAGGAGCUCUUCAAGGCUGUGAAGCUGCACAGAUAGAGCAGAUGUGUCCCUAUGUGUGUGUGUCUGUAGGUGGGGGACAGCAGAAGGACAUGGUGAGGAUGCUGCCUGCCCUCCCCAUGGGGUGACAGGAGGCAAGUAAAGGCCUGAGUGGGGAAACUGAGGCAACGGAAGCAUCGCUCCUUGGCUGAGCCCCUCCACCUGCCCUCGUGCUUGUCUUUUCUCACCCCUUGCCUACAAUGCAACCAGUGGGCACCCCCUGCUUUGGGCCGUGUGGUCCUCUCAGCUGCUGCCCUUUGGGGAGGGAGCAGAGGUGGCAUCCAGGGAAGGAGCAGCCAGGAUUCAGCCUUCCCAACACAAGAAGUGACGGUGUUGAUUUGUGUUUCUGCAUUGUGUGAUGUGAGCUCUGUCUGCUGGGUGUGUGUGGGGGCUGCUGCGUCCAGCCGUGUAUCCGUAGCUCUUUAUUUUGUAAGCUUCCUUUCUAUCCAAAUAAACGUGCUCUAAAGGGAGCAACAGGA